UGGAAAUAAUUUCUUGUGUUUGUAACUCAGCGGGAACGGCUGCCCCAGGUGACGGGAAGGGAACGGCUGCCCCAGGCGACGGGAAGGGAACGGGAACGGCUGCCCCAGGUGACGGGAAGGGAACAGGAACAGCAUGUAGAAAAUGGAGAGUUUAUGAAAAUAUUUCAAUAUGAAAGUCGAGAUGACCACAGCGGUGAACUUCAUCACCGGAUUACUGAGAGGAAGAGGACCUCUGUCCGAAAAACAGCUCCAACACUUCAGCCGUUCUCUGGAAGGGGCGUUAGGAGAGCAUUGUCAGCACCACUGGUUCCCUGACACACCGUUCAGAGGUUCGGGAUAUCGAUGCAUCAGAAUCAAUUGCAGGAUGGACCCGCUCGUAGGGAAGGCUGCUUACACCAGUGGUCUCAGCAUGGAGCAGGUUCGCGCCCACUUACCGUGUGAACUGACAGUGUGGGUCGACCCCUACGAAGUGUCCUACCGGAUCAGGGAGAAUGGGUCCAUAGGUGUGCUGUACGAGUCCACACCACUGCCGCUGGAGACUCAUCUCAACUCUGUGAUGACCAUCUCCAGCUAAUCUCUCAGCACAUCUGGCCCACAUCUGUUUUACAUUUUAAACGAUUUUAAUCACUGAUCUC